UAAAACGCUUCCGAACUUGUGAGUCUACAAAAGUUCCUCUCCAGUUCCACAAGUAUCUUAAUUCUCACUAUCUACACAUAUACCUUCAUUUCCCACAUAAUCAUCUCAGGCAAACACAAAGCCAGAGUCUCUGUAGUCAUCAGUUAAUGUCUCCAAAUAAAAGAAAGCUUUUGAGAGCUCUUUUCUCAGCAAAUGGAGGGUGUGGCAACUGCGGCACACCACAACCCUUUGACGUACACGACCCUACCCCUAAACCUAAAGUAUCCUCCCAUCCACACCCAAAUCCCACCAUCUUAGCUUCACCGUCCGUUUCCGAUGAAAGCAACGGGCCUAUCGUCUCAGUCUCAGUCGACGAAGAUGACGUGAAAUGCACUACCUCCACUGAGGAUCAGAAUAGGUCCGAGAAUUCCAUAAGCGGAAAACUGAGCGGCAGCAUCGUGGUGGAGAUGAAGUCGAAAAACCCUUACAAAGACUUCAGGGAGUCCAUGAUCCAGAUGAUAAUGGAGAGAGAUAUAUACUCUGCAAGUGAGCUUGCAGAGCUUCUCCAAUGGUUUCUUAAGCUGAAUUCCCCAUGUUACCACCAUCUCAUCCUCCAGGCUUUCUCCCACAUCUGCCAGGACGCUCAAAACUUCUCUCUCUCUUAACUCGCCUAGCUCAUCCAUGGCAUUAUUAUGUUGCUUUUGUUCAAAUCAUUUUCAUCCCUUUCCGCUUUUCUUUUCCUCUGCCGAUGCUAUGAACAAUUCAGCUUGUUUUCAGUAAAAGCAAUGGCUGAGAGAACCACCUUAUAAUAGGUAUAAAUAAAUUCUUGAUGCUUUGGGAUUAUUGUUCUUAUUCUUGACUUGUUUUGUCAAUGUGGCCAGUUUUAGGCUGAAGAUGUAUUAGGUUGCACCUCGAUUUAAUUGUGUGCAUUUAGCGUAUAAAAAUAAUUAAUAUAUAGUUUGUAAAUUUUUCUGUGUGAUGAAAGAUAACAGGAUCAUU